GUCCAUGUCCCUUUUUAUAGCCAACCAACGUCUUUAACUUUGGAUGACUGCAUCUUUCUCGUAGCCAAUGUCCUACCACUGGGCCGAAUUCGUUUUCUUUCCACUUCCAGUUUCAUUGCUCACGCUUUUCCUGAUCCUCUCAUCGAUGGUGUUCGGUUUGCCCCCCCACGACGUAAUUCCCCUCUUCUUGCGCCUCCAGUUUUGUUGCUUCACGCUGCAUAUUGCAUUCUAUUUGCAUUAGUUCCUUUUACUACUAUGUACAAGCGCUCAACCGAUAUACCUAACCGCCCCAUUCUUUUUCCUUCUGUUUCGGGUUCUUCGGGCUCUUGAAGCCAAGGCAUUUAUAUACAUAACCAUUAUCCCCCCGUACCAACCAUCUGUCCCGCAUUUUGUCUAUUCUUACUGCUCUUGAUAUAUCCCGGCCGGCUGGGUGGUUGCUUGGAAGUCCUCGCCUGCCGGCAGCAUACACCAAGCGGCAUAUCCAACAGCCUUCUCAUAUAUUUCCCACCUGAGGCCUUUCGUAGAACACCAACCUCUGUGAAACCAAAUCUAGCAAAAUUCGACAUAGCCUUCGCUACUAUGGCCGCUACUAUGGCAGCUCCCGAGUCGUCCAAGAGACCCAAAUUGUCUCUCCAAACCAAGCCCGCCCCCGGGCCUAGCGUCAGGUCAUCAAGGCCUCCUAUAUCAAAUGUGUACACAAGAUCUCCCACAGCCUUCAAUACUCUUUCAAACGUAUAUGUCACCGCUAUUGAAAGGUCAACCCCAACGCGAUCAACACCUAGGCCGGUGGUUAAUUUCCAUCAACCUCUAAAGCUCCAAACAGACACAGAAUCUCUCAAUACUCACCAAGCCAGAGUAGUGACACCACAUACUACUACGCUACCAGAUACUCCUAUGUCCGCCAAUCCUCUUUCACCGGCCCAGAAAACGGAUAUGAUAUUUCCAAGUACUAUAACCUCAACUCCCCCCUUGUCAGCUGGGCCAGUCGAGUCAUCCGAAUCUAGCAGCUUCAUGUUUCCCCCCACCGAUACGAACAGACUCGCGUAUCCACGUUCCCCUGCUCAUAACAGGCGUCGCAUGAUUUACGCUCAGCUCGGGUUUCCCAGCAAAGCACCGUAUAGCGUCGACAGAUCCCUUCGCAGUAUAUUACGCAACUCACCUUUACCGCCAACCAGUGCCGUUGUUUCACCCAACACUCAAAGAAGGCAAUCACGCCGCCUACAAGAGAAGGCGGACCGGCGAGUAGGGUAUCUAUCUCCGUUGACGCAGACUAUUACGAAUGAAAAAUAUACCAAGUCGCAUAUCGAUCUUCUCGUAGACGAUGCGUCUCCCUACACGACCACACCAGUUGCAGAGGAUUCGGAUAUAAUACUUGACCUUGCUAUGGCAUACACAGGAGACGAAACCCGGGACGGUGGAGAGACACCAGGGCCGUUCGAGGAAAUGAGGCGGCGUAUGACGGGGUUAGGAACAGCGUCCCCGACAUUAUCGCCCAAACCUGAAGGUGUUCGCAAGCGUAAGAAGAAGGAAAAGAACCGAAAGUGGGUUUGGACUAUCGGCCAGGACGACGAGGAGAACGAAAGCGGCGCAAUAGCUGCUCUCAAAGCCGCGGUAGGAGAUCCAACCACUAUCGUGGCUGCGCCUACGUCUGCGCCCGUACCAAUAUUGGUUUCGAUGCCUACCAAGGCCGCCCUAAGGACAUCACUAAGAACAGUCCGAGCCCACUCUGCGCCGGCCGAGUUACAGCCGGACACAUCAACGGAUCAGAUGGAUAUCGAUAUGUUCGACAUAUCUGAUGCAAGUAGCCAAGUUUCGAGCGCAGCUACUACGCCACAAAGUAGUGUUGAUAUGGCCAUGAAGACACCAGUAAUAGUACCGUCUUAAGGCGGAUAUACCGAAAGUAUAAAAGACGGACCUUGUAGACUUCGCAUCGAGGUCUAGCAUUAUAUAUUCCUUGUAUAUAUAGGAAGCAAACCAGUGCUGGAUUCAUGAUCCAGGUACUGGAAAGCGGCUGGAUUAAACGCAUUCCGCAUAGGAUAUACAUAUGAUUGCAUGAAGCGGCCUGGCUGGGCUAGGUACAUAGUAAGGGCGUUAUUCGAUACCAUGGCAUUGUAUUUCACGGUCUGGACUCGUAAAUGAUAUGAUGCAUGGAUAUACGAAGGAUAUGAAAUAACUAUAUGAAAUAUAUUAUGAAUUGAAGAUGGAAACCUGGUUCAAUAUGAUUAGUGUGGUGUUCUAGAUGGCAAAUGACGCAAGGGUCUUGAUUGUGACAUUGUGUCUAACCCUGGUUGUAGAUCUGCCCGUGCUGCUCUCCAAAAAGACGUUGCAUCAACUUGCAUGUGGGCAGGGCAGCUGGGAAGUUGGGAUGAAAGAAGGGACGGAAGACAAGUACCUGUGUGGUCUCAAUUUUGGUUCAUUGUGAACCUGAUUAUGAGAAUAUUCCUGAGAAUAACAUUGAAGCUGUUGUGGUUGAUAGGAAUCAUAGGAUACAUCAUGUAUGCAUUUAUGUAAUACAAUGAAUGGCCGAUGGAGAGACAAGUAGCACAAGUAACACAAGUAAC